UUAACACCGUCGCUUGCGUCACUUCCUCCCCACGUGAAGCGCUUCAUACAUGUGAGGAGCAGUUCAUCCACAGCAGCUUUCCUCACGUUUAGAGACUAGUAGCUCAUAUAUUUCCAUCUUAUGGCUGUCGAUAGCAGCAUGAUGGAGUCAGCAGAGGAGGAGUCGCUGCUCGGAGAGGAGUCAGAAGAGGAGAACUCUGAUUUAUCAGACUCUGAGCUUCAAGAAGCCUUUGCAAAGGGAUUGUUGAAACCAGGGAUGAACGUUCUGGUGGAUCAAUCAAAAAAGUUUGUCAACAAUGUGGAGGGUUUGAAACAGUGCCUUGUGGACUUCCGUAAAAAAGACCUUCCCUGGGUGGAGAGGUUGGAUAUGACCAACCUACCGGCUGAAGACGUUCUUUCUAAAGUUGAAGGGAAAGUUCCAAGUGUGACCAAAGGAGAUGUCAACGCAGAAGAUGAUUUCCAGAGAGAGAUGUUCUUCUACCGUCAAGCUCAAGCUACAGUUCUAGAUGCACUGCCUCUCAUGAGCAAGCAUGGCAUAGCCACCAAAAGACCGGACGAUUACUUCGCAGAGAUGGCCAAGUCCGAUCAGCAAAUGCAAAAGAUCAGGAAGAAGCUGAUCUCAAAGCAGCAAAUAUUGGAGAAGUCGGAGAAGGCCAAGAAGCUGCGUGAGCAAAGAAAGUUUGGCAAAAAGGUCCAAAUAGAAGUUAUCCAGAAGAGGCAGAAAGAAAAGAAGGCUAUGAUGAAUGCUGUAAAGAAAUACCAGAAAGGAAUGACCGACAAACUGGAUUUCUUGGAAGGAGACCAGAAGAAGGGUAAAGACUCUACUCAGGGCCCCAACAAAGCAGCGAACAAGAAGGGCCCCAAUGCCAAGAGAAAAUACAAGGACCAGAAGUUUGGCUUCGGAGGCAAGAAAAGUGGAAGGAAGUGGAACACCAAGGAGAGCCACAACGAUGUUUCCAGUUUCCGCGCCAAAGUGGCUAACGCAAAGGGCGGCAGGGGAGGGAAAGGAGGGAAGAAAGGCGGCAAAGGAGGAAAACAAAAUAAACGUCCAGGCAAAUCUGUGCGCCAGAAGAUGAAGUCUCGCUCAUAAAUACUGACUGAGGCUGGUUAAUAGACUGGACUUGGACCUUGUUUCUAUGCAGAACUUUUCCUACCUGCUCCCCAGUCUCUCCACCAUAUACAUCAGGGAACAUUUAGGAGAAUGUGGGCUUUUUGUUCUACACUUUUUGUACAAAACGCCUUCCACAAAAUGUGUCUGGAAUAAUAUGGAGGAUCCAUUAAGCCAGAGAGCGAGACGUCCUGACAUAUCCAUAAGGAAGCUAUGUGAAGGACCUGACUGGUGAAGAAAAGGUCUCCUUUUGCGGAAAUGGUAAACCGAAGAGAGGACUGCAUAGAUGCAUAGACAGCAAAGUUGUUUGACAAAAAGAGAGAAAAUUUGAAUGUUAGAAAAGUGUCUUGUCUUUAUUAGUUGACAUAGACCAGUUUUAUUGUCUGUGGACAUAAUUGUCUUUCCAUAUGCUGAUUUGAUGACAUGCUUGUGGCACCUCAGUGUCUACAACAGCCUCUUCCCUGUCUAAUUUACACUGUGUGCUCUUGAGAAUUUGGUGUACUGUUUUAUUUUUUUCUAACUCAGCUCCUUGACUCAUUGAUUCUCUCCCAUGUGACAUGACAUUUUAUAAUAUUGAGCAGCUGUUAGUUUUGCCCUUUAUUGUUCAUUAAUAUGAUUACUCCGUGAUGGGCAAGUGUGCGUUGUAUAGACCUGUGCAAAUGCUGCCCAUGCAAGUGUUUUCCAUAGCGUUCUAUCAUGGAUAUGCAAAAGGGCAUUUUCUGUGUUGACACCAGUGUGUUUGUAUGAUAAACAAAUAAAUCUGAACAUAAGUUGCUGA